GUCGCACCUCAUUCACAGGCCGGGCGAGGGUUUAAGAAGCCAAGCGGAGCAGACCAUUGGUAAGCAGUGGUUGCUGCAACGUCCUUCACCGCCCUUGCACGAAUGAUCAUGACGGAGACGGUGAGGCUUCGUCUCGUGUUCGAGGACCAGCACAUGCUGAGUAAGUCAAAGAAGAAGGAGGGGCUCCAGCACUGCUGGUGUCUGCUAAAAACCCCAACCAACACUGUCUCCGAUGUAGCCUCCUAUAUUGUCGACACUUUCCGCCUGCAUCGGACCUGCCCCGAUGGCAUAAUCCUCUCCAUGGAUGGUUUUGUUUUACCGCCAUUUGAAUCACGUGCUAUUUUGAAGGAUAAAGACAUUGUCUGUGUGAAAAGGAAAGGACGCACAUCAACUGCUUCUGAGGCUGCAAUGCUGACAUGUGCACCGCAGGGGCAUCACCGUGUAGAGCUUCCCAAGCUUCUUGCAAACGAUAUGUUUCAAGAGGACACUGGAGGAUAUAAAACCAUGUCUGAAGAGGAUAACAUUGACUCAUUUAAAGAUACACUUUAUCUUGAAUCUAAAUCACCAAACAAUGCAGUCUCAAAGAAAAGAAAAGCAACAAAGAAGCUCAGGGAUUCGAGGAAGAAGAUUAAGUUAUCAUCUUGUGAAAAGUUGGCAGACACUCCUAAGGAACCUGUGGAGAACAAUGGAAGCUUUCGAGUUUGUGGUAUUCAUCACCAAUCAAGUCUCAUCAAUAAGGAAAAUGGCAAGUCAUCUAAUUUAUCCAGCCAAACAGACAAGUCAAUGACCAUUGAAAAUCAAAAACAGAGUAAUGGAAUCAGUGAGCUUAUGCCCAAUGAAGCAAGGUUCUGUCAACCUGAAGAUGGUGGCAGAGGCAAAGUUGAUGUAUCGAAUUCUCUUAGUGGAACUAAAAAGACGCCUAGCAGAAGUGCUCGACGGAAGAAAGCUCAAAGACAGUGGUUGAGGGAACAGUUAAAAUUAGAAAAGGAAAAGCUCCGUCAAAGUCCUUUGUCUGAAAAGAAUGUGCAACAAUUACCUGUCAAAGAUAAUAAAAGCAUAACUUCUGAUUUACAUCGAGAACCUGUUGAAGAAAGUGAUGCAGAGGAUGAUGUUGUUGCUGUGGAAAUUAGGCCCGGGCACAUACGCUUCGAGCCCCUUAGCAAAAAUCUUGCAGCUCCCCAAAAUCAAUUUCCAAUGGAAACGUUUAGGUGGAAUGGAAUUACCAACAAGAAGAAGAUGCAGAAAUGGGGUAUAGAGAAGACUGUAUCCCAUAAAGUCGAUUACUACAAACAUUCCAAUCAAGAGUGCUUCCGCAUUCAGAAUGCUGAAGAGAAAGAGGCACUCAUGCCCGUAGACUUUGACAAGCUUAUAUCUUAUACAGGCUUGCCUAAGGAAGGUGAUGUCAUAGCGUAUCGUUUAAUUGAAUUAUCAUCAUCGUGGACGCCCGAGAUCUCCUCCUUCAGGGUAGGGAAGAUAUCAUGGUAUGAUCCUGACCCAAAUAGGAUUCGGCUGGAAGCAGUUCCAGAAUAUCCAUUUGAUUUUGGGAAGAAAGCAGACGAGGAGGUGUCUUCAUUGCUGCCCGAUUCAUCUCCCUAUGGGGAAGAUGGUUCCCUGGAGAUUGAUUAUUCAUCACUCGUUGACGUGCGAGUGAUCAAGCAUGGAAACACAGAGUUAGCAAAUGCAGUUACUUCCAGUAAUGUCUCGGCUGAUCCGACUAAAGCGACUAAGAGGAGUGGUGAUGAACUUAUGGAUGACCAAACUGCUAUACAAAGUUGCCAUCCGCACAAAGAAGGUGAAGGCCAUGCGCCUGCUAAAGUAGCAGAAAACAGGGAAUUAAACGUGUGGGAUGAAAUUAACGAGGCACUAACUGCAAAGAAGGCCAAGCUUUCUCUCGAGAAUGGAUGGAAUAAAGAGCAGAAUUCAGGCUCGCGAUCCUGGUCUCAUAGAUCUUUGAGAUGCAGCGCGCUAGGUCCGACGGUGGCACUUUUAAGGGCGCAAGACGGACUUGGAGAAACCGACCAGCAAUAGGGCUAUGCAUGUUAAUCUUUGUUGUUCCCUUUUACGAUAUUAGAUGCAUUUUGCAAUCCGUGGAUGUAUAUAUAACAGAUCAUCCGCAAUGGAUAUCAAGCAUCUUGUUCCAAUCAUAGUAGUGGCACAAAAGUUUGGGGGUCUAUUCUUAUAAUCCAUCCUUCGAAGAUGUUAUUGGAUGCUAUUGGAAGUGUAUUUAACUGCUUUUCGCACCUUAGUAGCCAACAGGUUAGCCAGAAGCGUCCGGCUUCCUUUA